AUGAGUUUCUCCAUUUCGCGCCGGGUACUGCAACCACCGCGGCCGAUUCUCCUCGGUGUCACCACAUACAAGUACCGCCGUCGUCGAUGCAGCUAUUCCACCAGCAGCAGCACGAGCACGGCCGCCGCCGCCACCGCCGCCGCGGACAAUCCCAACACCACAGCCAAAGCGGCGGUAGACGUGGAUGACCUCGACCCGGCGGCGGCCAGCACACUCCCGAAAAACUUCGGCACGAACCAGCACAUGUAUGUCAACGACGAGAUGAAGGAGCGGCUGCGCUCGGUGCUGUGGGAGUUCAAAGCGCCAGUGCGAUAUGCCGUCGCUUACGGGUCCGGCGUGUUCUCGCAGGGCACCACGAAGCCGAGCGGGCAGAAACCCAUGAUCGAUCUGAUCUUCGGCGUCACCUAUAGUCAGCACUGGCAUUCGCUGAAUCUGCAGCAGCAUCGCGACCAUUACUCGUUCUUGGGGAACAUGGGCAGUGGUGUCGUCUCCAUGGUGCAGGAUCGAUUGGGCGCCGGAAUGUAUUUCAAUCCGUACGUGGAGAUAAAUGGAGUCAUGGUGAAAUACGGCGUCGUGAACAUCGAGACCCUCUGCCGCGAUCUCUCUGACUGGAACUCGCUCUACAUCGCGGGGCGGAUGCACAAGCCAGUCAAGAUCCUUCGCAACGACCCACGGGUGCUCCUCUCGAACCACGUCAACCUCCUCUCAGCGGUGAGGGUAGCGCUGCUGCUGCUCCCCGAAACCUUCUCUGAGCACCAGCUAUACACGACGAUCGCGGGGCUCUCGUACAUGGGCGACCCGCGGAUGUCUUUGCCGGCCGAGAACCCGCACAAAGUCGCCAACAUCGUCAACAGCCAGCUAGCGAACUUCCGGCGCCUGUACCUGCCGCUGAUCCAGCAGCUGCCCAACGUGCACUUCGUCAAGGAGAACCUGUCCUGGAACGACCAGGCGACGCACACCAUGCUACAGCAGGACAUGGAUCCCGUGCGCCGCGGGAACAUGGUGCGGCGCCUGCCCACGAAGUUCCGCGAGCGACUGUACUUCCAGUACCAGCGCAAGUUUGCGAUCCCACGUCUGGAGUUCAGGAAGAUGAUCGGCGUCUCGGAAGACGAUGAGCGCGUCAGCAAGAAGCAGGGCGGCGUGUUUGAGCAGCGCAUUGCCGCAGACCUGGCGAAUCUCCGCGGUGAGGUCGGCGCCGUCAUCACGAAAACGGUUAAGUGGCCCAGCACCGUGCAGAGCCUCAAGGGCAUACUGAGUGCUGGACCUAUAAAGAGCUGGAAAUACUUGGGCGAGAAGAUCGCGAAGUGGAAGGAGUCGAAACGGAGCUCGUGA